AUGGCAAACUCAAACACCCCCUCCCUUUCGCGCUGCGACCCAACGACGUCUGUCACCAAGCCAAAAGACCGCAAGCCAAAGGCACGCAAGAGUUUCUGGUCUGAGAACAGCCGCGAGCAUGACAGGAUAGGCUGGAACACCAGAUACGCCUUCUCAGACAGCAAUGAGACCAGCUCCGAAGCAUCAAUCAGCUCAUCCAACGUAGAACAAGACAGCUCAGAUGACGAAGACGACACUUGCAUCACCAACGACAACGAACAAAGCACAAAAAUCGACACUCCCAACGAAAGCGACAGCUGCAUCACCGACAAAAACAGCAUCUCCAUAACUACAACCAUAAACCAGACACCCAGUUCUGCAACCUUUGUCACAGAAAACAACAGCAGCAGCAACAAAUGUCAAUGCCAUUAUAUCCUCAAACGCCAACUAGACAGCUACGAUGCAGAUAUCAGACAACAGAUUCUGUUGGAAGUGUAUAAUUGGUUGAAUGGAGGCGAACAUACUUGUUCUUCCCUCUCUGCUUCUGUAUUUGCUUCUUCUUCCACCUCUACUGGGAUUGAUGGAAUCAAUGACAAUGGCGGCGAUGAUAUCAAUGACAGCAACAGUGGUGUCACACUCACCCAACAACAAAAAAACGACUGCUAUUGGAGAGAAGUCUAUUGGGCCAACGAUAUUCAAACCUCUGACAACGAAGAGAAUAGUACUCAGGCUACACAAGUCACCUCCACCGACGAAGACUGGCAAGAUGAAGGAGUUGAUGUUCUCAACAUCGAAGCCAGUGCUGAAGUCGAGUGGGUUAUGGUAUUAGUGUUUGUGAUGGUGGGACAGUUGGGUAUGGUGAUCGUCGCGGAGGGUAUUAUGAGAUGGCUGGGUGUGUGA